CUGUGCAGAAGAAUUCAGCUCACACACAGACAGCGCGAGUCAGAAGGGGCCUCCCGGGCCAUCUAGUCUGACCCCGGCUCCAGCCGGCUCCGCUCACGACAUGCCUACCACACGCAUGUCCACACCUCCACACCCUCCAGAUGGGCUGGACUACAGCUCCCAGCAUCCUCUGGGAUGGAGGUCAGGUUGCAGAAGGCUCCACUAGACAGCCGGCCCAUGCGUCCGUCCUCUGCUGCCGACCCCGAGGCUCCUGGUGAUGUCCAUUUUCCACACGGGGCGGCGGCCUGAGCGGGGGCCCCACUCACUGCCGAGGGCUGCCAAGGGGCGCUGGCCAUGGCUGGAUCCGGCCCUGUUCCCUGGGCGGCACCUGCGACGGCCCACGGGGUCGGCCUCCGUUAACCCGGGUCCUCCUUUGCAGGGCUCCGUGGACUGCCCCAACCUGGAGUUCGAAUACGGGGACACUGACUGCCGCUCCGCCGAACUGUCAGAACUGUACAGUUACACGGAGGAAUCCGAGUUCGCCCUCAACAGGAGGUGCUUUGAAGAGGAUUUUCAGACGCAAGUGAAGGGCAGGCGAUGGUCGGAGCUGGACUUGGCGCGGCAGAAGGCCUACGUGAUGCGGUUACUGGACGGGCUGGAGGUGGUCAACAGGGACAAGAGGCUGAAAGUGGCCCGUGUGAUUCUCUACCUGGCCCAAGGUGUCUUUGGGGAAUGCGACACCGAAGCCGAGGUCCUUGACUGGGCGCGACACAACAAUUUCUUGCUGUACCAGAUGGGAACGUUCACCGCAUUCCUGGAGUUGCUCAGCAUGGAAAUGGCCAACAGCCAGGCGUGCAGCACCGCGCUGAGGAAGCCGGCCAUCUCCUUGGCCGACAGCACGGAACUCAGGGUGCUGCUGAGCGUCAUGUACCUGAUGGUGGAAUCCAUCCGCGUGGAGAUGGAGACCGACCCGCCGGCCUGGCAGGCCUCCCGGGAGACAUUCAGGACCGAGCUGAGUUUUCCUGUGCACAGCGAAGAGCCCUUUGCCCUCCUGCUUUUCACCAUGGUGACCAAAUUCUGCAGCGGGCACGCGCCACACUUCCCCAUGAAGAAGGUCCUGCUUCUGCUCUGGAAAGUCCUUGUGUUCACGCUGGGGGGCUUCGCUGCCCUGCAGGCCAUGAAGGUGAAGAGGCGCCUGGAGCUGGGCCUGCCCCCGCUGCCAGAGGACAGCAUCCAGGUCAUGCGGAGCAUGAGGGCCGCCUCCCCUCCCGCCUACACCAUCGAGCUGGUGGAGCCGCCGCCACUGCAGCCGCCGCAGCAGCUGCCGCCAAAGCGGGGCCACCGGAGCAGGAGGCCUCUGAUGAAGCAGGACAGCCUGGACAUCUACAACGAGAAGGACCCCUUCAAGAACGACGAGGCGGUGGCGGACGAGGAGGAGGCCGAUGACCUGGACAAUGGCGUCAUCGAGGGGGAGCUGGACCUGCUCGAGCGAGAGGCAGACAUCCAGGCGGUCCUGGUUCAACGCCCACCUGUCGAGAGGGUCUCCUUCCCAAAGGGCCUUCCCUGGGCCCCCAAAGUCAGACAGAAGGACAUAGAACAUUUCCUGGAGGCAAGCAGGAACAAAUUCAUCGGAUUCACACUUGGGCAAGACACAGAUACCUUGGUGGGGUUGCCACACCCCAUCCAUGAAAGUGUGAAGACUCUGAAACAGCACAAGUACAUCUCAAUCUCUGAAGUGCAGAUCAAGAACGAAGAAGAGAUGGAGAGGUGUCCCAUGUCUUUGGGGGAAGAGGAUGUGCAGGAGACGCCUUGUGAAGUUCUUUAUCGGGCAAUGCUGUACAACCUGCCACAGUACAUGAUCGCCUUGCUAAAGAUCCUGCUAGCUGCAGCUCCAACCUCCAAAGCCAAAACCGACUCGAUUAACAUCUUGGCAGACGUGUUGCCAGAGGAGAUGCCGAUCACGGUCCUUCAGAGCAUGAAGCUGGGGAUCGAUGUGAACAGGCACAAGGAGAUCAUCGUGAAGGCUAUUUCGGCGCUGCUGCUGCUGCUUCUGAAGCAUUUCAAGCUGAAUCACAUUUACCAGUUUGAAUAUGUCUCUCAGCAUCUAGUGUUUGCCAACUGCAUUCCAUUAAUUCUGAAGUUCUUCAACCAGAAUAUCAUGUCCUACAUAACUGCCAAAAACAGCAUCUCUGUCCUGGAUUAUCCCUUCUGCACUGUCCAUGAGCUACCAGAACUCAAUGCAGAAAGCCUAGAAACGGGGGACAACAACCAGUUCUGUUACAGGAAUCUCUUCUCUUGCAUCAAUUUGCUGAGGAUCCUCAAUAAACUGACCAAGUGGAAACAUUCCAGGACGAUGAUGCUGGUUGUUUUCAAGUCCGCUCCAAUUCUGAAACGAGCCCUGAAAGUGAAGCAAGCCAUGAUGCAGCUUUAUGUCCUGAAGCUGCUGAAGAUCCAGACCAAGUACCUCGGGCGCCAGUGGAGGAAGAGUAACAUGAAAACGAUGUCUGCCAUCUACCAGAAAGUGCGUCACCGCAUGAACGAUGACUGGGCUUAUGGCAACGAUAUCGAUGCUCGGCCGUGGGAUUUUCAAGCAGAAGAAUGCACUUUACGAGCCAAUAUCGAAGCCUUUAACAGCCGGAGGUAUGACAAGCCCCAGGACUCUGAGUUUGCUCCGGUAGACAACUGCUUGCAGAGCGUGUUGGGGCAGCAGCUGGAACUUCCUGAAGAUUUCCAUUACUCCUAUGAGCUGUGGUUGGAGAGAGAGGUGUUCUCACAGCCCAUCCACUGGGAAGAACUGUUACAAUAUCAGUGAUGGUACUGGGAAGCUUACCCUGAACAAGUGCCAUCUCAGUCUCUUUAGACAAUAGGUGCUGUGCCCAGGAGAAAAGGGAAGAUUCUUCAGUGUUUGGCAAUAUUGCUAUCUGACAGGAAGCAUUUUAUAAGGAGUUAAAUGUUAGGCACCCUAAACAUACUGCCUUUAACUUUGCUAGAAUCUUCUCUUUCCACCAGCUACUUCAAUCUACUGUAAAUGGGCCUGUCAGUGACAGUGUGGGUCCUGAUUGUGAUCUAUCUAAACUGAUCUGUCUUGAAUAUUUUAUAUUUAAAGAUCAUCUAUUGAUGGGUUUUCUUCCAUGCUUGAAUUUGGUGUGUUAAGUCAUUGCAUAGGCCACGUUUUCCAAAACUUGGGCCACUACCAUGAGCAAUUCCUGUGUCUGAAUACCUGAGCAAAUGUGCACCUUCUGGGACUUGUGUCACCUUGUGUAGCUUGCUUCCCUAGAAACCAUAUACUGCAGACUCCGUGGUUCAUAGAAAACAGACUGCAUGAGUAAGAGAAAAUCCAAGAGAUUUAUUUUCCAGGGUAUCCAGGCAUGAAACUAUUAUUAAUAAUAGUCUGGGCAUCUAAUUAUAGCCUAAAGUGGUAUACAUACCUUCAGUAUGAAAAGUUGUGUGACUUUUCCUUAUAUUGUUUCUCUGAAAUCCACUUGUGCAAAGUAGUAUUCUUCUUCACACUUCAAGGCGAUCUGUACAUCAAAACCAAACCCCAGCUGAUGAUACAUGGGUUCUCCCAUGGAGCACACGUGAAUGCCACAAACGCACAAACGCAGCAGGAGAGGAUGCGCAGUGCCAGAGAUGGGUCACACCAAGUUCUGUCCAGGGGCCCAAGAUCACUAGAGGCAGCUGUGUACCCAUCCUGAGACAUCUUACUGUUUCUGUGUACUGUAUUUCUGUGUAAGGGAUUUUUACUGGUUCUUUGUGCAACACCGCAAAGAAUUCUUUUCUAUAAAAUGCAAGUGAAAGUAUUUUAAUUCUUCUCCUUCAGUCCCGAUCCGUAUGUGCAUUUGUUGGAAUGCGUGGAAGUUUUGCCAUACUACCUCUUAAAGGCACAGACUGCUCCGUGUUACUCCAAAGUUUGAAGAAACAUUUAAACAACUUGUACCAAGCAAUAGUGGUAUAUUUAGCUCUCAAGACAUGUGGCUGCGAACUCUAGCGAUUGCUCCAUAGUUCAUUGGUAUGACUUAAAAACCAGGUGUGCAUGCUAUAUAUUCUGGUAAUGCAUUUGCAUGCUAAAGACACAGGAAUCAUUUUGCCUACUCCAAGUGUUAAUGUGGGGGGGUAGCCGAACUUCUUUUGCAGAACAUAAUUUUUUAAAUGUUACUUUGUGGAGGUGGGGGGCUCUUACAUAGAAAUCAUAAAGGUAUUUUAAAAAAUGUAUCUGCCUGUAUCAUAUACUAAACAUCAUACAAUAUACUUGGUCAAGAAUGCGCACAAGUUCCAGAGCAAUAGGUGUUCUUCCUGUUACCGUGUAGUAAGAAUGUUUUUCCUAAUACGAAUUGUAUCAGUGAAACAUCGUUAGAAGAAAUGGCCAUAUUCAAUCCACUUUCGAAGCCCUAGUUGUAACCAGGAAUAAAUGCUAUUCUUAAAGUG